AAUGAAAAUAAUCAAAAUGAGAUUGAUAAUGACAUAAUAGACUUCGACGAUGAAUACUCCAUUAAAUACGAUAAGAAACAUGAAGUACUUCCGUGGAGUUCAAGUAAUUUUAAUAAAAAUGCAUACAGAUACGAAUUUGAGGAAGAUGAAGAGUCACAUGAACGAAACAAAAGUGUUAACGUAAGUGAAAAAGGUAACACAGAUACUAUUAAUGAAACUACUGUAUAUCCAGUAGCUGACACAACUGAAACCACAGAACAAAUUACAACAGAAAUAAGUGUAAUACCCAUCGAAUUAUUGAGUACAACAGAAAGCACACUAACAUUAGUUGAAACUACACCAGAACCUGAUUUAACUGUAAUCCCAUUAUCAACUACAGAAAAAACACCAGUCAAUAUUAUUAUAAAUCAAACAGUGACUUUACCAGUAUCCACAGAAAUACCUGAAGAUGUUAAUUCAACAACAGUAUUCUAUGAAAUGACAACAAGAUUUACAACAAAUGAAAUAACAACCGAAGCUAAAAUAAUAAUACCAAACGAAUCACAACUAAAUUACACAUAUGAAUCAGUGACAGAAAAUCCUGAUGUUAAGCUUUUAACAGUUGAGGACACGACGGAAGCUUUUAUAAUAGUUAAAAACACAACAGAAACAGCAUUAAAUAGUAGUAAUACUGAAAUAAAUGCUACUAUAAAGAGAAAUGAUGAAGACAGUACAGAAAUUAACAGAAAAGUACCAUUAUUCACAGAACUAGAUAUAGAAGAUACAACCGAGGUUCCAGAAGAUUACUAUGACACUAAAGACAUUGUUCCAACACCUGCCCCGAAAACAGAUGCUCUAUCGGUUAUAUUCGGCUUUGCGGGUAGUGUUGUAGAAAGCGUAGUAGAAAGUGUAGCAGAAAAAGUAGUUCCAAAAGGCUUAUAUGAUUUGUUCAAGCGGAUGCAGAGACAGAAUGAAAUGUUAGAAGCUGAGAAAUUGAGGAGCCGAGAGGAAAAUGGAGGAAUAGGUCAAUUCACACGAGGUGUGAUAAAGACAAUAUCUUCAGGGUUGAGCAAACCACUCAGCCAGCUUAUGGCCGGCGUCAGAGACAUCGGUUCUCUGGACAGCGACCGGGGCUUCAUCAACAGCUUGGCGUCUGGAGUAACUAGCGUUGCCAACGUUGCCAACUCUAUGGUCGAUGUGUUUAAAGAUCGAGUACAGGCUAUUUAUCCUGGUACAAUAUGGUGCGGGGACGGCCACUCGCCCCAGGCCCGGUCAAGUGACCUGGGCCUCUUCUUCUUCACUGACACGUGCUGCCGGCAGCACGACGCUUGCAAGAUGUACAUCGCGGCCGGGGAAACUAGGUUCGGUCUCACCAACACUGGAUUGUUUACGAGAUCGCACUGCAGUUGUGACGCUAAAUUCCGUGAAUGUCUCCGGAAGACCAACUCUCUGGUAUCAGCGCAAAUCGGCCUCACAUACUUCAACGUCCUGGGGCCACAGUGCUUCAGGAAAGCUCAUCCUAUCGUCCGCUGCGUUAGACGGACCAGGAUAACAGGCCUAAAAUGCGAAGAAUACGAACUGGAUUACACGAAACCAAAAAUGUGGCAGUGGUUCGAUAACGAAACAUACUAACUAAAAACAACAUUGAAUUUAAUUUAUUGUAAAUACUACAAAUUAAAUAUGAAGAAUCUGA